AUGAUUAAAGCAUUGGCAGCUGUAAAGGAAUGGGUCAACACCAUUGAUGAACAAGAGAAGAAUGCAGGACCAAAUGUAACAGACUUUAAUAAGUUUGAGAAGUCCUACGCCAAUGUCCAGAAGCUCAUUGACCUACAGGCUGCUCUAAAGAAGACACAGAAGGAUCAACCACAACAAGAGGUUGUAUUAACAGAGAAUCAGAUAAUUGAACAAUUCCAACAGUGGCUUGUUAGUAAUGGAUGUGCAGAGACAUUUACCAAGGUUAAGAUUGUGAAGAACUUGGCAGAGGGCGCAGGAUUGGUGGCAAUCACCGAUAUUAAGGAGGGCGAGGAGUUCAUUGUUGUGCCCCACAAGUUGUUCAUGACGCAGGAGACUGCACUCAAAUCGUUUGGAGACAAGGUGGCCAAGGAUCGCAUGUUUAUGAUGCUGCCAAACAUGCCACUGGUGAUCCAAUUGAUCCAGGAGAAGGUGGCCAAGCAGUCGUUCUGGGCUCCCUACAUCAGGAUGCUGCCAAAGACCUACAAGACAUCACUCUACUUCACAUUGGACGAGUAUCGCUUGCUUCAGGGCUCGCCCGUGCUCGACGAGGCCAUCAACACAUUCAGGAACACCAUUCGUCAGUACUGCUACCUCUACGACUUUUUGACCAAGAACAUCGGCAUCGUCUCCACGUCCGUCUUCACUUGGGAGAUGUACGUGUGGGCCCUGUCGACGUUGAUGUCACGCCAGAACCAGAUCCCGCUGACGGCACCCCCAAAGGGUGGCCACGGCCACUACCACGGCAGCCAGAUGUCACUGGUGCCAUUCUGGGACCUGUGCAACCAUCUGGUGAGUGGCCGCAUCACCACUUUCUACGAGACUGAUCGCCAUGCACUCACAUGCUCGGCCGUCAAGCCGUUCAAGGCUGGCGACCAAGUGUACAUCCACUAUGGCGACCGCAACAACGUCCAGCUGCUGCUCUACAGCGGCUUCUGUCUAAAGAACAACCCUUACGACAAUUUCAAGCUCAAGCUGCAGCUCGACCCUGCCGAACCCAUGAUGCACGAGAAGAUCCACAUCCUGGAGGAGCGCGGUCUGUCGUCCAUGGGCCACGUCUUCCUUGCGAAUGCUUCAACACCAGCAGCAUCCGAGCCAUCGUUGCCCGAUGCCGUCAUCCCAUUCUUCCGUGUCUAUGCCAUGAACGAGAAGGAGGUCGAGAAGUUCGCCCCCAACAUGGAGCAACAUCACCACGAUCACUCCAGCAGUCUCAAUGAGCCCAACUUCCAAGCGCGUCUAUUGAUCAGUGAACAAAACGAGCAGGCUGCUUACAACUCAUUGCUAGCUUACCUCAAGAAGAAGCUGGCCUCUUACCCAACUACCCUAGUGGAGGACGAGCAGCAUCUAGCAAAGAACCCGAUCAACUUUGUCAGGUUCACACUAUACAUUAGAAUCACCGAGAAGAAGGUGUUGGAGCGUUACAUUAAGCUGGUGGAGUCAAUGAUCCAGAAGGGAGUCAUGAC